AUGACCCAUCACUCCCAACUGCCCCAUUCUCCCAUUCUCCCGUGGACAACUCAUUCUCCCUCUUUUCAUCACCCCGCCCCAUUCUCCCUCUUUCCAUCACCCCACCCCAUCCUUCCUCUUUCCAUCGCCCCGCCCCAUUCUUCCGCUUUUCAUCACCCCGUCCCAUUCUCCCUCUUUCCAUCACCCCUCCCCAUUCUCCCGCUUUCCAUCAUCCCGCCCCAUUCUCCCGCUUUCCAUCACCCCGCCCCAUUCUCCCGCUUUCCAUCACCCCGCCCCAUUCUCCCUCUUUCCAUCACCCCGCCUUAUUCUCCCGCUUUCCAUAACCCCGCCCCAUUCUCCCGCUUUCCAUCACCCCGCCCCAUUCUCCCGCUUUCCAUCACCUCGCCCCAUUCUCCCGCUUUCUAUCACCCCGCCCCAUUCUCCCGCUUUCCAUCACCCCGUCCCAUUCUCCCGCUUUCCAUCACCCCGCCCCAUUCUCCCGCUUUCUAUCACCCCGCCCCAUUCUCCCUCCUUCCAUCACCCCGCCCCAUUCUCCCUCCUUCCAUCACCCCGCCCUAUUCUCCCUCCUUACAUCACCCCGCCCCAUUCUCCCGCUUUCUAUCACUCCGCCCCAUUCUCCCGCUUUCCAUCACCCCGCCCCAUUCUCAAGCUUUCCAUCACUCCGCCCCAUUCUCCUGCUUUCCAUCACCCCGCCCCAUUCUCCCGCUUUCCAUCACCCCGCCCCAUUCUCCCGCUUUCCAUUACCCCGCCCCCUUCUCCCUCCUUCCAUCACCCCGCCCCAUUCUCCCUCCUUCCAUCACCCCGCCCCAUUCUCCCGCUUUCCAUCAGCCCGCCCCAUUCUCCCGCUUUCCAUCACCCCGCCCCAUUCUCCCGCUUCCCAUCACCCCACCCCAUUCUCCCGCUUUCCAUCACCCCGCCACAUUUUCCCGCUUUCUAUCACCCCGCCCCAGUCUCCCUCCUUCCAUCACCCCGCCCCAUUCUCCCGCUUUCCAUCACCCCGCCCCAUUCUCCCGCUUUCCAUCACCCCGCCCCAUUCUCCCGCUUUCCAUCACCCCGCCCCAUUCUCGCGCUUUCCAUCACCCCGCCCCAUUCUCCCGCUUUCCAUCAUCCCGCCCCAUUCUCCCUCCUUCCAUCACCCCGCCCCAUUCUCCCGCUUUCCAUCACUCCGCCCCAUUCUCCCUCCUUCCAUCACCCCGCCCCAUUCUCCCUCCUUCCAUCACCCCGCCCCAUUCUCCCGCUUUCCAUCACCCCCCCGCCCCAUUCUCCCGCUUUCCAUCACCCUGCCCCUUUCUCCCGCUUUCCAUCUCCCCGCCCCAUUCUCCCGCUUUCCAUCACCCCGCCCCCUUCUUCCUCCUUCCAUCACCCCGCCCCAUUCUCCCUCCUUCCAUCACCCCGCCCCAUUCUCCCUCCUUCCAUCACCCCGCCCCAUUCUCCCGCUUUCCAUCACCCCGCCCCAUUCUCCCGCUUCCCAUAACCCCGUCCCAUUCUCCCGCUUUCCAUCACCCCGCCCCAUUCUCCCGCUCUCCAUCACCCCGCCCCAUUCUCCCGCUUCCCAUCACAACGCCCCAUUCACCCGCUUUCCAUCACCCGGCCCCAUUCUCCCUGCUUCCAUCACCCCGCCUCAUUCUCCCUCCUUCCAUCACCCCGCCCCAUUCUCCCGCUUUCCAUUACCCCGCCCCAUUCUCCCGCUUUCCAUCACCCCGCCCCAUUCUCCCACUUUCCAUCACCCCGCCCCAUUCUCCCUCUUUCCAUAACCCCGCCCCAUUCUCCUGCUUUCCAUCACCCCGCCCCAUUCUCCUGCUUUCCAUCACCCCGCCCCAUUCUCCCUCCUUCCAUCACCCCGCCCCAUUCUCCCUCCUUCCAUUACCCCACCUCAUUCUCCCUCCUUCCAUCACCCCGCCCCAUUCUCCCGUUUUCCAUCACCCCGCCCCAUUCUCCCGCUUUCCAUCACCCCGCCCCAUUCUCCUGCUUUCCAUUACCCUGCCUCAUUCUCCCGCUUUCCAUCACCCUGCCCCGUUCUCCAGCUUUCCAUCACCCUGUCCCAUUCUCCUGCUUUCCAUCACCUUGCCCCAUUCUCCCGCUAUCCAUCACCCCGCCCCAUUCUCCCUCCUUCCAUCACCCCGCCCCAUUCUCCCUCCUUCCAUCACCCCGCCCCAUUCUCCCUCCUUCCAUCACCCCGCCCCAUUCUCCCUCCUUUCAUUACCCCGCCCCAUUCUCCCGCUUUACAUCAGCCCGCCCCAUUCUCCCGCUUUCCAUCACCCCGCCCCAUUCUCCCGCUUUCCAUCACCCCGCCCCAUUCUCCAGCUUUCCAUCACCCCGCCCCAUUCUCCCGCUUUCCAUCACCCCGCCCCAUUCUCCCUCCUUCCAUCACCCCGCCCCAUUCUCCCGCUUUCCAUCACCCCGACCCAUUCUCCCUCCUUCCAUCACCCCGCCUCAUUCUACCUCCUUCCAUCACCCCGCCCCAUGCUCCCGCUUUCCAUCACCCCGCCCCAUUCUCCCGCUUUUCAUCACCCCGCCCCAUUCUCCCACUUUCCAUCACCCCGCCCCAUUCUCCCGCUUUCCAUCACCCCGCCCCAUUCUCCCGCUUUCCAUCACCCCGCCCCAUUCUCCCAUCACCCUGCCCCAUUCUCCCGCUUUCCAUCACCCCGCCCCAUUCUCCCGCUUUCCAUCACUCCGCCCCAUUCUCCCGCUUAUCAUCGCCCCGCCCCAUUCUCCUGCUUUCCAUCACCCCGCCCCAAUCUCCCUCUUUCCAUCAACCCACCCCAUUCUUCCUCCUUCCAUCUCCCCGCCCCAUUCUCCUGCCUUCCAUCACCCCGCCCCAUUCUCCCGCUUUCAAUCACCCCGCCCCAUUUUCCCGUUUUCCAUCACCCCGCCCCAUUCUCCUGCUUUCCAUCACCCCGCCCCAUUCUCCCGCUUUCCACCACCCCGCCCCAUUCUCCCGCUUUCCAUCACCCCGCCCCAUUCUCCCGCUUUCCAUCACCCCGCCCCAUUCUCCCGCUUUCCAUCACCCCGCCCCAUCCUCCCACCUUCCAUCACCCGGCCCCAUUCUCCCUCCUUCCCAUCACCCCAAACCAUUCUCCCGCUUUCCAUCACCCCACCCCAUUCUCCCGCUUUCCAACACCCCGCCCCAUUCUCUCGCUUUCCAUCACCCCGCCCCGUUCUCCCGCUUUCCAUCACCCCGCCCCAUUCUCCCGCUUUCCCUCACCCCGCCCCAGUCUCCCGCACUCCAUAGCCCCGCCCUAUUCUCCCGCUUUCCAUCACCUCGCCCCCUUCUCCCGCUUUCCAUCACCCCGCCCCAAUCUCCCUCCUUCCAUCACCCCACCCCAUUCUCCCGCUUUCCAUCAUCCCGCCUCAUUCUCCCGCUUCCAUCACCCCGCCCCAUUCUCCCGCUUUCCAUCACCCCGCCCCAUUCUCCCUAUUUCCAUCACCCUGCCCCAUGCUCCCUCGUUCCAUCACCCCGCCCCAUCCUCCCUAUUUCCAUCACCCCGCCCCAUUCUUCCGCUUUCCAUCACCCCGCCCCAUUCUCCAGCUUACCAUCACCCCGCCCCAUUCUCCCGCUUUCCAUCACCCCGCCCCAUUCUCCAGCUUUCCAUCACCCCGCCCCAUUCUCCCGCUUUCCAUCACCCCGCCCCAUUCUCCCGCUUUCCAUCACCCCGCCCCAUUCUCCCGCUUUCCAUCACCCCGCCCCAUUCUUCCGCUUUCCAUCACCCCGCCCCAUUCACCCCGCCCCAUUCUCCCUCUUUCCAUCAACCCGCCCCAUUCUCCCGCUUUUUUUUCACCCCGCCCCAUUCUCCCUCUUUCCAGCACCCCACCCCAUUCUUCCGCUUUUCAUCACCCUGCCCCAUUCUCCCUCUUUCCAUCACCCCGCCCCAUUCCCCCUCUUUCCAUCAGCCCGCCCCAUUCUCCCGCUUUUCUUCACCCCGCCCCAUUCUUCCGCUUUUCAUCACCCCGCCCCAUUCUCCCGCUUUCCAUCACCCCGCCCCAUUCUCCCGCUUUCCAUCACCCCGCCCCAUUCUCCCGCUUUCCAUCACCCUGCCCCGUUCUCCCGCUUUCCAUCACUCCGCCCCAUUCUCCCGCUUUCCAUCACCCCGCCCUAUUCUCAAGCUUUCCAUCACCCCGCCCCAUUCUCCCGCUUUCCAUCACCACGCCCCAUUCUCCCGCUUUCCAUCACCCCGCCCCAUUCUCCCGCUUUCCAUCACCCCGCCCCAUUCUCCCGCUUUCCAUCACCCCGCCCCAUUCUCCCGCUUUCCAUCACCCCGCCCCAUUCUCCCGCUUUCCAUCACCCCGCCCCUUUCUCCCUCUUUCCAUCACCCCGCCCCAUUCUCCCGCUUUCCAUCACCCCGCCCCAUUCUCCCGCUUUCCAUCACCCCACCCCAUUCUCCCGUUUUCCAUCACCCCGCCCCAUUCUCCCGCUUUCCAUCACCUCGCCCCAUUCUCAAGCUUUCCAUCACCCCGCCCCAUUCUCCUGCAUUCCAUCACCCCGCCCCAUUCUCCCGCUUUCCAUCACCCCGCCCUAUUCUCCCGCUUUCCAUCACCCCGGCCCAUUCUCCCGUUUUCCAUCACCCUGCCCCAUUCUCCUGCUUUCCAUCACCCCUGCCCUAUUCUCCCGCUUUCCAUCACCCCGCCCCAUUCUCCCGCUUUCCAUCACCCCGUCCCAUUCUCCCUCUUUUCAUCACCCCGCCCCAUUCUCCCUCUUUCCACCACCCCGCCCCAUUCUCCCGCUUUCCAUCACCCCGGCCCAUUCUCCCUAUUUCCAUCACCCCGCUCCAUUCUCCCACUUUCCAUCACCCCGCCCCAUUCUCCCGCUUGCCGUCACCCCGCCCCAUUCUCCCGCUUUCCAUCACCCCGCCCCAUUCUCCCUCUUUCCAUCACCCUGCCCCA